GUCCGGGCCUGCGCGGUGGCUGGCGCGGGGGCCGCCGGGAGCGGCGGUCGGGGCAGGGCCGCUGGAGGGCGAGGCUGGGGUGGCGGCGAGCGGAGCGGGGAGCGGCGGGGAGCAGCGGGCCCCAACCGUACCCGCGGUUCGUAUUCUCCGUGGAGGAGUCCCGUAUCGCACCCGCUCUGCUGAGUAUGGCGCGGGCUACGUGGGACCGUUGCAUCCAGAAAGGCUGAAAAGGCAACGAGUUUAGUACAGAAGAAUUUUAUUGCUAUGGCAUUUAUUUGACUGGAAGUGAUUACUGAGCAAGCUGGAUGUGAGCGGGGACAGGGAGGUCUGGCAGGACACCAGCCGUAACGCUUCCAGACCAAGCACGGGAGGUCUUCAGAGGCACGAUAUGGCGGCGAGCACCGGCUGCGGCGGCGGUGGGACGGCGGCAGCGGCGACGGGGGAGCCAGCGCACGCGGUGUCGCUGCUGCGGGGGCUGAGCGCGCUGCGGGCGGAGCGGAGCCUGCUGGACGUGACGGUGGUGGCAGGCGGCCGGGAGUUUGGGGCGCACCGUGCUGUCCUGGCCGCUGCCUCUGGCUACUUCCGCGCCAUGUUCGGCGGGGCGCUGCGGGAGGCGCGGGCCGAGCGGGUGCGGCUGCACGGCGUGGAGCCCGAGUGCCUGGCGCGACUCCUCGACUUUGCCUACACCGGCCGGGUGGGCGGGUUGGGCCCCGACAUCGCUGAGCGCCUGCUGCGCGCCGCUGACCUGCUGCAGUUCCCCGCCGUCAAGGAGGCCUGUGGCGCCUGGCUAGCGCGCCAGCUGGAGCCCGCCAACGCCCUGGACAUGCAGGACUUCGCCGAGGCCUUCGCCUGCCCGGCACUGGCAGCUGCUGCCCACCGCUUCGUCCUGCGGCACGUGGGUGAGCUGGGCGCCCAGCUGGAGCGGCUGCCACUGCCGCGCCUCCUCUCCUACCUGCGGGACGACGGGCUCUGCGUCCCCAAGGAGGAGGCCGCCUUCCAGCUGGCGCUGCGCUGGGUACGCGCUGACCCUGCUGCCCGUGCCCCGCUGCUGCCGCAGCUCCUGGCCCACGUCCGCCUGCCCUUCGUGCGCCGCUUCUACCUGCUGGCUCACGUGGAGGGUGAGCCGCUGGUGGCCCGCUGCCCGCCCUGCCUGCGCCUCCUGCGUGAGGCACGCGACUUCCAGGCCGCCCGCCUCGACCGCCACGACCGGGGGCCCUGUGCCCGCAUGCGGCCCCGGCCCUCCACCGGCCUGGCCGAGAUCCUUGUCCUCGUCGGUGGCUGCGACCGUGACUGCGACGAGCUCGUCACCGUUGACUGCUACAACCCACGCACUGGCCACUGGCGCUACCUGGCCGAGUUCCCCGAGCACCUGGGUGGGGGCUACAGCGUCGCUGCCCUGGGCAACGACAUCUACGUCACCGGAGGAUCGGACGGGUCGAGGCUGUACGACUGCGUCUGGAGGUACAAUUCCAGCGUGAACGAGUGGACGGAGGUGUCUCCCAUGCUGAAAGCCAGAGAAUACCACAGCUCCACGGUCCUGGACGGGCUGCUGUACGUGAUCGCCUCCGACAGCACGGAGCGCUACGACCACUCGGUGGACAGCUGGGAGGCUCUGCAGCCCAUGCUGUACCCCAUGGACAACUGCUCCACCACCUCGUGCCGCGGCAAGCUGUUCGCCAUCGGCUCCCUGGCUGGCAAAGAGUCCAUGGUGAUGCAGUGCUACGACCCCGACAGCGACCUCUGGUCCCUUGUGAACUGCGGCCACCUGCCCCCCUGGUCCUUCGCCCCGAAGACCGUCACUGUCAACGGCCUCAUGUAUUUCAUAAGAGAUGACUCGGCUGAAGUGGAUGUUUACAAUCCAGCGAAGAACGAGUGGGAUAAAAUCCCUGCCAUGCUUCAGGUUCACGUUGGGGGGAGCGUGGCUGUGCUCGGCGGGAAGCUCUAUGUCUCUGGCGGCUACGAUAACACGUUUGAACUCUCGGACGUCCUGGAGGCCUACGACCCUGAGACGCGCACAUGGAGCGUGGUGGGCCGACUGCCCGAGCCCAUCUUCUGGCACGGCAGCGUCAGCAUAUUCCGGCAGUUCAUGCCGGAAACCACACAGGAGGAUGACGGCAUCACGCUGGACAACACCAUCAACUUGAACAGGCAGCGCCAAAACCUUCACGACCAGAACCUUAACGAGCUUCGUUAGCAGGGGAAAGUGCUGACCCCUGGCUCGACGCGAGUUCGUUAUCCAGAACCAGUGUUGCUUUGAGAGAAGGCAGUGGCAAACCGGUGCUUGGAAACACAAACGUACUGAUGAUAGAGGGAGUGAAAACUGCGUGUUUGACGUGCUGCUGCGGAACCGCAGCCGGCAGAGAGCGAGGCCCCCGCUGUGGCGUCCCUCGGCCCUUCCCUGGGGUGGGAGAAGGCGCCGCGCUGCCCACAGAGGAGACCCGAGGGGUGAACUCUGAGGAAAGCGAUUGCCUUGAACGUCACCGCAGCAUCGCAGCUUACGGCUUUCGGUCAGGCAGCUUUUGCAGGGAGCUCCUUCACCCCGUAAUGCUUCGUUUGCCACCAAACUCCUUCCUUCAGUUUCUUUUUCGGGAGGGGUCUGUCUGGUAGGACAGGUCUGGACCCCACCUCUGUUCAGUGCCUGGGAGGAAGACGGACGUCCUGUGCUCGUCUUCCUCUGCGUGGUUAGAGGUUAGAGCUCUUCCCAGGAGAGCUGGAGCCCUGUUCGGGGUGAGGCUCAUACGAGAACGUGGGCCUUCGGUUCCCGUUCGUGCCUUCGGAAGGGACGGGCGUCCUGCAGCAGGGAGCUCCCCGAGGCUGCGUUAUGAAGCUUCACCUUUCCCUUUGUCUGAACGUCAGUUCUUCCUGUAUUUCGGUGGGGUUUUUUCAGUUGCAGCAUUGAAACGUUUGCAGGUAUUUGCUUUACAGCCCUUCCUAGCACAGCACUUUUUCCUUCUAAGAAGAAACACCCUUAUUUAUCUUGAAUCCCAUUCUCACAGCUAGAUUGUUUGCAUUUCUGAUCACCCCGGCUGUGCCAUCCUGUAAGGGGAAGGGGGGAGCGAGUUCCCCCCUUAGCUGGCCCGAGGGGUGACUCCUGGGGCCGCUCUCGCCUCCCGCUGCGGCGGGGCAGAACCAGGCAGAAAAAGCUGCUGCGUGUGGCGAGGGCUGUUUGCGGUCGGUUCUGUGCCGAGCUCUCGGCCAGCGCGCUGGGUUGGGCAGAUCGACCCCCUGCAGCAAGGGCUGGUUUUUAUUUCUUCACUGUUUUAAAGGAGCUAAGUUGGCGUUGUACUAGUUUAGAAAAAAAAAAAAAAAAAAAAACCAAA